AUGGGUUUCCAGAUGUUUGUGUCUCUCGGUCCUUGGAGUUGGUGGCUACUGCUAGUGGCCCUCCAGUGUUCUGAAGCAUCUUCUGAUGUGAAUGAAUGGGCAAAUUCCACCGCCCAGCAUGUGCCUAGGGCUUGGUUUGCUGCUGCCAGCUCAGAGCCAGAAGAGAGAAUAUCUGUUUUUGAACUGGAUUAUGAUUAUGUGCAAAUUCCCUAUGAGGUUACUCUCUGGAUACUUCUAGCAUCUCUUGCAAAAAUAGGCUUCCACCUCUACCCCAGACUGCCAGGCCUCAUGCCCGAGAGCUGCCUGCUCAUCCUGGUCGGGGCCCUGGUAGGCGGCGUCAUCUUCGGCACCGACCACAAGUCGCCCCCCGUCAUGGACUCCAGCAUCUACUUCCUGUACCUCCUGCCGCCCAUCGUGCUGGAGGGCGGCUACUUCAUGCCCACGCGGCCCUUCUUCGAGAACAUCGGCUCCAUCCUGUGGUGGGCAGUGCUGGGCGCUCUGGUGAACGCCUUCGGCAUCGGCCUGUCGCUCUACCUGGUGUGCCAGGUGGAGGCCUUCGGCCUGAGCGACCUCAGCCUGCUGCACAGCCUGCUGUUCGGGAGCCUCAUCUCGGCGGUGGACCCGGUGGCCGUGCUGGCCGUGUUCGAGGAGGCGCGCGUCAACGAGCAGCUCUACAUGAUGAUCUUCGGGGAGGCGCUGCUCAACGACGGCAUCAGCGUGGUCUUAUACAAUAUACUAAUUGCCUUCACAAAGAUGCAUAAAUUUGAAGACAUAGAACCUAUCGACAUUUUGGCUGGAUGUGCCCGGUUCAUCAUUGUAGGGGUUGGGGGAAUAUUUUUCGGCAUCGUUUUUGGAUUUAUUUCUGCAUUUAUCACACGUUUCACUCAGAAUAUCUCUGCAAUCGAGCCGCUCAUUGUCUUCAUGUUCAGCUAUCUGUCCUACUUAGCUGCUGAGACACUCUAUCUCUCAGGAAUCCUGGCCAUCACGGCUUGUGCAAUGAAGAUGAAUAAGUAUGUGGAAGAAAACGUGUCUCAGAAGGCCUACACGACCAUCAAGUACUUCAUGAAGAUGCUGAGCAGCGUCAGCGAGACCCUCAUCUUCAUCUUCAUGGGCGUGUCCACUGUGGGCAAGAACCACGAGUGGAACUGGGCCUUCGUCUGCUUCACGCUGGCCUUCUGCCAGAUCUGGAGAGCCAUCAGCGUGUUUGCCCUCUUCUAUGUCAGUAACCAGUUUCGGACUUUCCCCUUCUCCAUCAAGGACCAGUGCAUAAUUUUCUACAGUGGCGUUCGAGGAGCUGGAAGUUUUUCACUUGCAUUUUUGCUCCCUCUGUCUCUUUUUCCUAGGAAGAAAAUGUUUGUCACUGCUACUCUAGUAGUUAUAUAUUUUACUGUAUUUAUUCAGGGAAUCACAAUUGGCCCUCUGGUCAGGUACCUGGAUGUUAGAAAGACCAAUAAAAAAGAAUCGAUCAAUGAAGAACUUCAUAUUCGUCUGAUGGAUCACUUGAAGGCUGGCAUUGAAGACAUCUGUGGACACUGGAGCCACUACCAAGUGAGAGACAAGUUUAAGAAGUUUGAUCAUAGGUAUUUAAGGAAAAUCCUGAUCCGAAAGAACUUGCCAAAAUCAAGCAUCGUUUCUCUGUACAAGAAGCUGGAGAUGAAGCAAGCGAUUGAGAUGGUGGAGACGGGGAUACUCAGCUCCACAGCCUUUUCCCUGCCCCAGCAGGCCCAGCGGGUACAAGGAGUGAAGAGGCUCUCCCCGGAAGAUGUGGAGUCCAUGAGGGACAUUCUGACAAACAACAUGUACCAGGUCCGACAAAGGACACUAUCCUACAAUAAAUACAACCUCAGACCCCAAACGAGUGAGAGGCAGGCCAAAGAGAUCCUGAUCCGCCGCCAGAACACCUUAAGGGAGAGCAUGAGGAAGGGCCACAGCCUGCCCUGGGGAAAGCCGGCAGGCACCAAAAACAUCCGCUACCUCUCCUUUCCCCACAGCAACCCUCAGCCAUCGAGCAGAGACGCAAGGGCUGCUGAGUUCACAGAGGAUGAUAGCAGCGAUCCAGGAUUUCCAUCCAUCAGGUUCAGCACACCCCCCCAAACUGGGUCCUUCCAGGAGAGACGACUAACACAAGAGAUCAUCCCAAUGAAGAGCUUGCACAGAGGAGGCAAGCCGAUCAACCUCAGUCAUAGAAACAGCAUGAGCCAAGAAGAGCACAUUGGCAGAGGCAGGAGGGCAGCUGUGAGACCCAAGCCAUUGUUCCAUGCAGUGGAUGAAGAGUUUGAAUCUGGAGAGGAGAGUGAGGGAGAAGCCUCAGCAACUGGGUCCAGAUGGACAGCUGAGCAUCCACAUGGCAGGGAACACCACAAGUCCCACAGUCCUUUGCUCCAAAGAAGAUAG